ACUAAUCAAGUAGCAUUAGUGAGUGUCAUUAUAUUUGGAACAUAUGCAAGUUACUUUUAUAAUGUAAAUGCAUAUAAUGUGUUGAGUAAAAACAUAGAUUUAUCAGGAUUUCACAGUGAAAGUGAAAAACAUGGUGAUAUCAUUAAUCAAUAUUUGGAUAAAAGAAAGUCAUGGAAAACCUCUAAUCUAGGAUCAUUGUUAUUUAAAUUCCAAAAAACAGAUGACAUCGGAAAUAAUACGAGGAAUGAAGAGAACAAAAGAUUCAUUGUGUUAAUUUGGAAGCAUUGGAACUGGUUAAAGAGCCGUCACAUUUACAAUUUUCACAAUGAACGGACGCCUGAUAUUUUUGAUGAAUGUAGAGUUAGUAACUGCAUAUUCACAGGUGAUGAGAAGUACUUAGAUAGUGCAGAUGCAGUAGUAAUUCAUAUACAAAGGGGGAUAUUUCCUAACACAACACGUCGAAAUAGCAAACAAAGAUGGAUCUUCCUGAACGAUGAAUCUCCAAUAAACGCAUUUUCCAUGACAAGAGCUAAACCCAAACUUACCGAGUUGGCUAAUGUUUUUAAUUGGUCUAUGACUUACAGGAGUGACGCUGACGUGCCUGUACCAUAUGGAAGAACUGUGCCUUUAGAAAAGCCCUUAUUACCUGAUUCCGCGAACUUGGAGCAAUUAGUCCCGUUUUGGAAAACCAAGCGGCGAGAUAAGCUAGCCUCUGUGCUAAUGUCCAACUGUGCUGUGUCGAAAAGAAUGCAAUACUUGACUGAGUUAGAAACAUAUCUUCCCUUGGAAGUAUAUGGAAAAUGCUCGAAGGACCAUAAAAAUAGUUGCCCUGGUCAUUUUAGAUCGGAUUGUAAUGUGACGUCACAAUAUUUAUUCUACUUAGUUCUAGAAAAUUCACAAUGCCGGGAAUAUUUAACAGAAAAAGCGUUUAACAAUGCUUACGAGAAGGGCGCCAUUCCUGUAAUAAUGGGCCCAAAGCCAGAUGAAUGCGACAAAAUCCUACCUCCCAAUUCAUUCGUACAUAUUAAUAAUUUUGAUAAUCCACGAGAUUUAGCGAAGUAUAUUAUUCAUCUAAGCGCAAAUGAUGAGGCUCUACUUAAUUUCCAUAGAUGGAGAAAUCAUUUCAAAAUUGUGAACGAACACGGAUAUUUCGGUACGAAGUCAUUUCAUUAUUGCAGAGUAUGUGAAGCGUUAAAUUAUAAUGACAAAAGCGAAAAAAAUUACGACGAAAACGAUUUGCGAACUUUUUUGGAUCCUCAAGAGUUAUGUUUUUAACCGAAUGAUAUCCGUGGUCGUAUACAUACUUAGACUGUAGUUUAUGUACGUUGCGUUUUAGCAAUAAAAUGUGAUAUAAAAAUA